UCUGCCUCAACACCAAUACCCAUCAACAAUUCGAGUAUACACUGGUCCCCAAAAAUCACUCCAAGAUGAAGCGCAAGUUAGAUUCGAACGAUGCACCAACGGUGGAAGUCCCCAACGAACCUACACAUGGCGCCGACUCAUUCGAUCAGUUCGACCUCGAUCCCCGACUGAUGCAGGCCAUUGCAAAGUCACAAUUUUCAGAGCCCACGACCGUACAAGCAAGAGUGAUACCUCUGGCGCUCGAGGGAAAAGAUAUAUUGGCAAAGUCCAAGACUGGGUCCGGGAAGACUGCGGCCUAUGUCCUUCCUAUUCUGCAGUCCAUCCUCCGCAGAAAGGCCGUCUCACCGAAAAAGGCCAUCUCGACUCUCGUCCUCGUUCCGACACGUGAAUUGGCAGAUCAGGUGCAAAAAGCAUUCAGUGCUUUCUCAGCAAACUGUGCGAAGGAGAUUACAUCCUUGAACCUGACCCAAAGAGUCUCGGAUACGGUCAUGCAUGCGGUGUUACAAGAUUUCCCGGACAUUGUGGUUUCGACGCCCGGAAGAGUGGUGCAGUACAUGAAUUCUGGAAGGCUAUCGCUAGAAAACAUUCAUCAGCUCGUCAUUGACGAGGCAGACAUUGUCCUUUCAUACGGGUACGAGGACGACAUGACUGCCAUUGCUGCAGCCUUGCCCCGCGAUGUACAGACUUUCCUCAUUAGCGCAACACUCACACCGGAGGUUGACGAGUUGAAGACGAUGUUCUGCCACGACGCAGAAGUGGUCAAGGUCGAUGAGAAAGAGGAAAAGGGCGAGUCCGUUACACAAUAUGUGGUUCGAUGUGCGGAGGACGAGAAGUUCCUACUCAUCUUCGUCCUUUUCAAACUGCGCCUUGUUCGAGGAAAGGCUCUCAUAUUCGUUGCCGAUGUGGACAGAAGCUACCGUCUAAAAUUGUACCUGGAACAGUUUGGAAUCAAGUCAUGUGUUUUGAAUGCAGAAUUGCCAGUCAAUUCCAGAUUGCACGUUGUGCAAGAGUUCAACAAAGGUUUAUAUGACAUUCUCAUCGCUGCAGAUGAGCAGGAAGUGCUUGGUGGUGUUGUCAAGAGGCGGCUCAGCAAGACUCAAGACGCCAGUGAAAAUGCCAUUAGCGACGAAGACGACGAGGAUGAAUCACGGCCAGCCAAGAAGGCGAAAGUGGCAAACAAUCAGAAGGAUUAUGGAGUCUCGAGAGGCAUCGAUUUCCAGAACGUCGCUUGUGUCAUCAACUUCGACUUGCCGCGGACUUCCAAGUCCUAUACCCACCGGAUUGGCCGGACAGCGAGGGCAGGGAAAGCAGGCAUGGCUCUGUCGUUUGUUGUGCCAAAGGAUCUUUUCGGCAAACACAAGCCCACGAGUAUAUCAUCAGCAGGGAAGGAUGAACAGGUGCUGGAGAAAAUUAUCGCUCGUCAGGAAAAGAAAGGCAACGAAGUGAAGCCAUAUCAUUUCGACAUGACCCAAGUGGACGCUUUCCGAUAUCGAAUGAACGAUGCACUACGAGCAGUAACACGACCAGCGGUCCACGAAGCCCGAGCCCGAGAGAUCAAGCAGGAAUUGAUCAAGAGCGAGAAGCUACGCAAGCAUUUUGAGGCAAAUCCGGAUGAUUUGCGGCAUUUGCGACACGACGGGGAACAUGGUGCAGUUGUGCGACAUCAGUCUCACCUCAAACACGUUCCCGAGUAUCUCAUGCCGGCGCAGGGGAGGAAAGGAAUCAGUGCCGACGAUAUUGGAUUUGUCGGUCUGAGAAAGCCUGGGUCCGACGACAAGCGGAAGGACAGAAAGAAGAAAAACAGUUCUCGUAAGGGUCGCGGGCCAGCGAAGCGAGGAAAGGUCGAUCCAUUGAAGUCUUUUAGCGCAAGGAAGAAGCGCUGAUUUGGCCGUUCUCGAGGCACUUACAAAGACUCGUGGCUGGGGUGAUGGCAAUGUGGGAGGCCGCCAUUUCAGGACCACAAUCCAAGGGUGACCUCGAUCCGACGUUCUCUUGCUUCAACGGCACUGUGAACACGACUGCACAAGGGUUGACAUAAUCAUUCUGGCCCUCGAUGUUUCAUGUAUUGGUGGUGGCCUGAAUGUUGACGGAUCAGACAUACUGAAGACCGCCGUGAUUGGCAAUGCAUCCAUUUGUCAUCAGGCGGGGACUCUCUCAGUCAGCCUUCCCAUGUGGUACAAAUCGAGAUACUUUGAAUGCACUGUUCUGUUCCUCACCAAGUUCCAUCGAUAUUUGCUGGAACAACCUCAACU